CGGCUCACUGGAAAUCGGAAGGGGCAACUGAGACUGGGAAGUCCAAGGCGUCUCCUCCACCCCUUUCACCUCCGAGAGGAGGAAUUCUAAAAACACACGCUUCUCGUGGGUGAAGUCACAGAGGCCAUCGGGGAACUUCGGGCAUCGUGGGAACAGCCGUGGGAACAGGGCUUCCCCGGUAAAUGCAUAAGCCGAACGAACUUUUCCUGUGAGCGCCCUCCAGUCGUACCCUUACAGAUGGUGGAGGCGGGCAGGGGGUGAGUAAAAUGGAGAGAAGGAGGGAGGAAGCGAGCAGAGUGCCUACAGGACGAACCAAAGGUGCACCGGCGUCUCCUAUAUAAUAAUUACGCCUACCUUGUCUCUGCGUUCUACGUCGUCUUGCCGGGAGCCAAAUGUAACAUUGUGAAGGCAGUUCUCCGUGGAGUUGACUGGUGACGGCAGCUGAGUGGGUGGAGGAGGAGAGAGUUUGUUUACCCUCCCUUCUGGUCCUGCCGCUUCCCUCCUGCCCUGCCGCAAGAGAUUGACUCACUGUACGAACAGGGGAAGCUGCAACUUAUCCCCCGGAGCAGUGUGUAUCUGAGCCAACAUCCCCUGGAAAGGUGGCAUGGUUGGGCCCUGGAAAUGGGAUGUCAAUCCUAUUCAGGGAGCAUAAAGCAAGUAAAAGAAUCUCCUAGCUGCUGCUGCAACGACAGUGAGUGAGCUCUAGACUUGAGAAAAUGUCAACAGUAACAUCUGCCAUCCAGGCUCCCCAAGGCCCCGUGAAUCCACCCCCGCCUGAAGUCACCAAUCCCAACAAGCCUGGGAGGAAGACCAACCAGCUGCAGUACAUGCAGAAUGUUGUGGUGAAGACUUUGUGGAAGCACCAGUUUGCCUGGCCCUUCUAUCAACCCGUAGAUGCAAUUAAAUUGAAUUUACCAGAUUAUCAUAAAAUAAUAAAAAACCCAAUGGAUAUGGGAACUAUUAAGAAGCGACUGGAAAACAAUUAUUAUUGGAGUGCGAGCGAAUGUAUGCAGGAUUUCAACACAAUGUUUACAAAUUGUUAUAUUUAUAACAAGCCCACAGAUGAUAUAGUCCUGAUGGCCCAGGCCUUAGAGAAAAUUUUUCUUCAGAAGGUAGCCCAGAUGCCCCAAGAGGAAGUGGAAUUAUUACCACCAGCUCCUAAGGGCAAAGGGCGAAAGCCAGCAGCAGGAACACAGAGUGCAGGAACGCAGCAAGCGGCAGCCGUGUCCUCAGUAACCCCGCCGACUCCCUUUCAGAAUGUCCCUCCCGCUGUGUCCCAGACGCCAGUGAUCGCUGCCACCCCUGUGCCAACCAUAACGGCAAAUGUCACGACUGUCCCAGCCCCUCCUGCUGCAGCUCCCCCUCCCCCCGCCACUCCCAUUAUGCCAGUGGUUCCCCCGACCCCACCUGUCGUCAAGAAAAAGGGAGUGAAGCGAAAAGCAGACACCACCACGCCGACGACCUCGGCGAUCACUGCCAGCCGGAGCGAGUCGCCCACGCCCCUGUCGGACCCCAAACAGGCCAAGGUGGUCGCCCGGAGAGAAAGCGGGGGCCGGCCCAUCAAACCACCAAAGAAAGAUCUCGAGGAUGGGGAGGUGCCCCAGCAUGCGGGGAAGAAGGGCAAACUCUCCGAGCACCUCAAGUACUGUGACAGCAUCCUCAAAGAGAUGCUCUCCAAGAAGCACGCCGCCUACGCCUGGCCCUUCUACAAGCCCGUCGACGCGGAGGCUCUGGAACUCCAUGACUAUCACGACAUUAUCAAACACCCCAUGGAUCUCAGUACUGUUAAAAAGAAAAUGGACAGCCGGGAAUACCAGGACGCACAAGGUUUCGCAGCAGAUAUUCGGUUAAUGUUCUCUAAUUGUUACAAGUACAAUCCUCCGGACCAUGAGGUUGUGGCGAUGGCCAGGAAACUACAGGAUGUGUUCGAGAUGAGAUUUGCAAAAAUGCCCGACGAGCCUUUGGAGGCUCCGCCUCCCCCGCCGCCCGCGGCCCCCGUUGUCAGCAAAAGCACGGAGAGCAGCCACAGCAGCGAGGAGAGCUCAUCCGACUCGGACAGCUCAGAUUCGGAAGAAGAGCGCGCAACCCGGCUGGCUGAACUCCAGGAACAGCUGAAGGCAGUACAUGAGCAGCUGGCCGCUCUGUCGCAGGCGCCGGUGAACAAACCAAAGAAAAAAAAAGAGAAGAAGGAAAAGGAGAAGAAGAAGAAAGACAAGGAGAGAGAGAAAGAAAAGGAGAAGCACAAGGUGAAGGUAGAAGAAGAGAAAAAGGCGAAGGCGAUCCAGCCAGCCAAACCGGCCCCUCAGAAAAAAGCCCCAGCCAAGAAGGCCAACAGCACCACUCCGGCGAGCAGGUGGGCUCCAAGGGGGGGGAAGCAAGCGUCAGCCACUUACGACUCUGAGGAGGAGGAGGAGGGUUUGCCGAUGACUUACGACGAGAAGCGACAGCUGAGCCUGGACAUCAACCGGCUGCCGGGGGAGAAACUGGGCCGGGUGGUGCAUAUCAUCCAGUCCCGGGAGCCCUCCCUCAGAGACUCCAACCCGGACGAGAUAGAAAUUGAUUUUGAAACUCUGAAACCCACCACUUUGCGAGAACUGGAGAGAUACGUCAAGUCAUGUUUACAGAAAAAACAAAGAAAACCGUUUUCUGCAACUGGGAAAAAGCAAGCAGCAAAGUCUAAAGAAGAGUUAGCUCAGGAAAAGAAGAAAGAGUUAGAAAAGAGGCUUCAGGAUGUCAGUGGGCAGCUAAAUAACAACAAGAAACCUGCUAAAAAAGAAAAAUCCGGUUCCACCCCUUCUGGAGGUCCAACCCGUCUCAGCAGCAGCAGUUCAUCGGAAUCCGGAAGCAGCAGUUCCAGCGGAUCCAGUUCCGACAGCAGUGACUCGGAAUAAAUUCUGGACACUUAAAACCUACGAGAAAAGGACAUCACACAAUACUCUGCAGUGUUCCCUUCUAUGGUUAAUAUACUCCUUUUUGUUCCAUGAUGUGCAAGGUUUUUUUGGGGGGGAAUUGUGUUAUCAAAAGUUAUCUUCCAUUUUUUGUUUCCAUAGGUCAAAGAUCUAUAUUUUUUUUUGUGUGGGUGUCUAAGUGGACUUUAUGAGAAGGUGAUUCUGCAUACAGUCCUCUAAACUUAACCGAAAUGGACUUAGUUGGAGAUAACGAGACUCUCAGAAGUUAAUGAGCUAUCCAUAGAAAAAUCUGCAAGGUGUGGUCUAAGCGUUGCUGCAAAAUCCCUUUUCUUAUUCCCAAUCCAGUCUGCCACUCCAGAUGGCAAUUUUUAAGGAAAUUUCCGUAAAAUGGUACUGUAUCAGAACGAUGUUAGCUUUGGAAAUAGUUGUUGUAUUUGUCAUUAGCACUAGUAUUCUUAAUUGCAAGUCUACGGUGUGAUGAAAAUAUCCGAUGCUAUCAUCUCUGUCCACAAAAUCUCUCACGUGGCGGAUUAUUCCGAUGGACCUGCUCGAGGGAGCCAGAGCUGGGAUUAUGUGAAAAAGGGAUUCUUGCAGCUCCGAGAGGGGGAGAAUCGAUCCAAGGGGGAGGUUGAAUUUUCCGAUCAUUGUUGACAUCGUGAGCUCCGGGGAGGGGAACACCACUGCUGUGUCGUGCAGAGUGCAGGUUUCCAAACACUGAAACUUUUACCUCAACACACAAGAAAAAGAAAAAAAAGAAAAAAAAAGAUGAUAAAAAGGUUUUUUUUGUAAGGCUCAGCAAUUUUCUACGACAGUCCAGCCUAAUGCAUAACCUGCACUGCUGCAGCGCGCUCCAUAAACGUUCUCCCGGACUUCAUGUAUAUAUAAAUACUUUAUUUAUUAACAUCAUUGGUCAUUUUUUUAAAAAAAACAACAACAAAGAAACUGCAUAAAAAGAAAAGCAGAAAUGCAGACAUUUUUAAAUGGUUUAACAAAUAGAAGAAUUUGAGACCCUAUUUAAAUAUGUUGGACUUUUUACCUACAGGUGCUUCAGUUCUCUGUAACCUGUGCUGGUGCUUAAUCAUGUUUGGUACUCAUUUAUGGGUUCUUUUUUUGUACAGAGUUUGGAGACUUACAGGUAUAGAUGACUUUCAGCUGCAGCACAUAUCGUUUCUUGUUUUUGUUUUUUGUUUAUUUUUUUUUUUUUGGUUUGUUUUUUGUAUUUGCCACAGGUCGCUUUAGGAAAGUUUUAAAUCAAUUUAGGGAACCCCAGUUAUAUAAUAUAAACUUUGUAAUCUGAGGAAAAAAAAUGUAUAGUAAAAUUGAAGCCUUGAUUUUUAACUUUUUAUUGUAAAAAAAAUAAUAUACAGAGUUUAACAGAAGGUUAUGUUUUGUUUAGUGUUUCCAGGGGCUGCCAACCAGCCUUUAGCCUAGGGAUGCCCGUACUUUGCCAGGCUGGAGGUCGGGACAUUGACAGUUGGCCAGGAGCUCUCGGGUCAUGCCUACCAGUUAUAAAGUGGAAGUCCAUGGUCACCUUGACCUUCGGGUUGACCGUGCGGCUCGAGGGGCUGUGGGGCAGCCUUCUCCGGUGAAGCCCACCUUCCUGGAACUCAGACCCUCCAAGGGGGUUCCCUCCAAGUUGAUUAAAGAUAAGAGUCUCUGCGGGCCCCAUCGUACCCUCUGAAGGACGCACUUUGACCCCCCGCUGCGACAUUUUGCCCAUGAGCCCUGAGGUUGGUAUAGCAGAGCCUAAUUUUCCCACCGCCCUCUUGUGAUUCCAGCCAACGAAGUGGGUGUCGGGAAGGGACCGAUGUUCGGAUAGUUUGACAGGUGGACUAUACUUGUCUUGAUCUGUGAGUGACAUUUGCCAACAUUUCAAGAUAAUUCGUGAGAGGUCCUUUUCGCUACUCGUGGCAAACAGAAGUGGAUUGCAAAGGGAAAAAAAAUAUAUCAUCUGAUAGGGCUCCACCACAGCCUCCUUAAAGAUUCUAUCACAGUACGAUAAGGAAAUGGAAAAGCACUGUCAGUUUCUAACGCUUGGUAACUUUUAACUUUUUUUUUUAAAAAAAGGGAGUCUUGAGCCUGAAACUUUAAUUCUUUUCUGUUUUUAAUAAAACAUUUAAAUGGAUUUUUGUUUCACACUUGAAAAAUGUUGCCCUUCGUAUUUGUUUUAAAAAGUAUUUUCUAAAGAGAUCUUUAAUAAUAUAUAUAUAACCUACUACUUUGAGAAACUUUAUACAACCGAUUAGACAAGUCUUAAAGUGUCCGGUUUCUAGUAUGACAUUUUAGUGCACAUUGGAUUACAUAUUUUGGUAUUAAAUAGGUAGUAAUAAAUUAACACCCAUGGGUGAAGAUGUCCAGAAAAUGUCAAGGGAGCAGUGAUGGCAUUGCUUCUCAUUGUUUCAGUUGCUCAGACAGAAUAAAAAAGUUUCACUUAUGUGAAAAGGUAGGAGAGAUCUCUGGCCAAAAGGAAAUUUCAAAACAGAGAACUAGAUCUAAUGUACCCUGUAAACCAGCAGGAGAGAAAAAUUGGAACAAUUCAUUUCCUUUUUCACGGGGUGACUUUAUUAUAAACCAAUCACGUUCGCUUGUGAAAUCUAGAAGGAAUUUGUCGAGUUUGUGUCACCCACCUGAUGGCUGUAGGUACGACAGAGCAACUGUGGACUCCGUGGUGCUGGAAUCUUUCAGCUUCCCCUCACCGGUGGGUAUGAACUGCAAAACUGAUUUCCAUUCAGAAUGGUGAAAAAUUGCUCAGCCAACCUGCUAUCGAAAGGACCAGAUUGUGGGUCACUUGCCAUUUCCUCUGUGGUAGGAAGACCGCAGUUAUCUAAUUGAAUGACUUUAAUCUGGAAGAUCUUAGACCAGUUCUUAAUUUUCACUGUGGGGAGGGGAACGCUAAAUCCAUCAAGCUAGGAUGGAGCCCGGAGGGCACUGUGGAAAAGUCUUUUAGUAAGGGGUAGAAAAUGCAUUUGAAAAAUACAUUUUUACACUACAGUUACAUCAAAUGUGAGAGAGGGGCUAUGGGGCAAGCCUUGUGUAGUGAUUAAAAUUAACAUGGAGAAAGUUCCUCACACUGGUAACAUUAUCUCGCUUGUAAACUGUAAGAUCCAUCUUUACAGCAUUUACGUCUCUUACAAUCAUUUAAAAACAAAUCUCAAAAGCCACCAUAAAGGAUCGGAAACCUACAGUUUAGCGCUAUUCCCGAAUACUGGCAUAACACUUCCAGAAAGUUUUCUUUUUUAUAUUUAAAAUGUUACUUUUCUGUAUGAUGUGCAUGCAAGUUUACCGUAACUCUUUUCUUAAACUUUUUAGUGCCGUUUCUAGUAUAUUCCUGUAAAUGUCAGUUACUGAAAAUGAGUCAUUGUAAGUAGUUUUAGCUUGUUUAUUGCAAUGCUGGCCUCAACACAACAGAAUAAAAAGGUAGAAAGUACUCUUUGAUGUUACUGGUAAUCAUGGACCCUUCUCCUGGGGUAUUUGUUUUGUUUUCAUAAUAAACAGCAACAAAAAUGA